AUGGGAAACUCGUGCUGCUCGGUUGAUGGGGAGGAUAAGGCCGAUAUUACUGUGCAGCAGCUCGCCCUCGCAGGCUUAAAGGAUGGGCCUCCAAAGAAUUACGAUGCGUGGUUAAAUACAUACAAGGAAGGAGGCAGCGUGGAGGUUUUGUUCCCUGACGGACAGCGCAUAGUAUGCAAGCUCACACUGGACUCAGCUAAGAAGGUCCUUACUCUCUGCUUCAAGGAUAAAAUGCGCCCUAUUCCCUAUAAGGACAUCGACUCGUGGAUUUACGGAUCGUCUACACUCAAGCUGAACUCAUCAGACGCUGCUCUGCUUAAAGAUCCCAAAGUUGUGGGCUUUAGGCAACGAACGCCUGGUCGGGCCAUCGCCGUCGCAUUCAAUGACGUCGACAGCGCCGUAUCAUUUGUUUGGUUUCUAGAGAGGGUAAUAGAGGAUUCCAGGGAUGAACUAGACAAGACAAGUGACGUAAUGGCAGAAUAA